AUGCCGGUCGUGGCGUACCAGGGGCCCGUGCACCGCCCCCCCCCCCCCCCCCCCCCGCUCGCCACGCAAGGCGACGGGAGGGGCGACCCGGGGGGGCGCGCGUCGCCCCUUCUUCCGCCUGCUCUGGCGCCCUGGGAGGCCGCGCGUCGCCCCCCCCCCCCCCCCCCCCCCCCCCCCCCCCCCCCCCCCCCCCUCAGAUCGCCUCAACAGGCGACGGGAGGGGCAACCUGGGGGGGGGGGGGGCACGCGUCGGAGCAGCCGCCCCUGGUGCAGCCGCCCCUGGAGCAGCCGCCCCUGGUGCAGCCGCCCCUGGAGCAGCCGCCCCUAGUGCAGCCGCUCCUGGACCUCAGCAGCCGCCCCUGGCCCCUGGAGCAGCCGCCCCUGGACCCCGCGCCGCCGCCCUUUUCUCCUCUCCCUCCCCCUGCUGCGGGUGCAGCAGUGGGGGGGAGGGGAUCUGCCAUCCCCCUGGUGCGGAUGCGGCAGUGGGGGGAGGGGACCUGCAGCACCUGCCUGCCCCCCCCCGCCCCACCCCCCCCCCCCCCCCCCCAUCUCUCUGCUGCGGGUGCAGCAGUGGGGGAGGGUAUGGGGGUGGCGGGUGUGGCCAACCCGCCAGCCCUGCUGCGCCCCGCGCGCCCUGCUGCCCUGUGCGCCCCCUGCCGCUGA